AUGUCAUUGUGUACUUGUUUGUUUGCUGAGAAUGUUGAGGAAAAUGAACAUUUGAAAUCUUGGACAGAGAGGGGCGGAGAAAUUUCAGGGGAGGAGGGAAAGGGGAUGGGGCUGGGGAGAGUGACUCGAGCUCAUAUGCCAAGUGUAAGAUCUCAAAUGGCUGGGUCAAGUGGUGGUGAUCUUCAGGCUCCAAUAUUCAAUGGUGACAACUAUGAAUUCUGGAAGAUUCAGAUGAGAACCAUCUUCAAAUCGCACGGACUCUGGGAUUUAGUUGAAAAGGGACUUGGAAUCUCAUAA